AUGGAGAGGAAGGCUGCACUCUUCAUGGGCUUAAAGGUGAAAAGUCUUCUGGUUGGCUUCCAAGAGCGCCAUCAAGUGGAUGUGUUCAAGAAAGGCGUCCAGAACUUCUAUGACUGCUGCAUCUCAUACCUCCAGGAGUGGGGCUCUCCAUUCACUGAGCUGAAGUGCCUCUCCUGGACACUGCUAGAGCAUGCACCAGAGUGGGAUGAGGUUGAGUGCUCCCUGAGAUGA